CCCUCGCUCUCUCACUUUCACACACACACACACACACACACACGCACAUACACACACACACACAUAAGUGUUUAGGGAAAAACAAGUAAGGAGCGAGAGGGGAAGCGCCUGGUCUUUUCCUUCCUUCCCUCCCUUUUUUCCUGUGUUUCAAGAGAGAGAGAGAGGGAGAAAGAGAGAGGGAGGGAGAGAGAGAGAGAGGAGAGAGAGCGAGCGAGGGGAGAGGUUUGGGACGAUGCAGCUCGCUCAGAUACUCUGAUCCUCGACAUGCUGCAGCCUCGACUCUGCUUCCUGUCCUUCGUCCUCAUCGUCUUCGUCUCUCCUCCGCCAGCGGAUGGACAGACGGUGUCAGGGGGCGGAGCCGUGGACCGGCUCAAGGUUAUGUUCACGCCCACCGUCUGCAAGGUGCGCUGCAGCCAGGACCGAUGUGCCAACUACUGCGAGCGAGGCAACGUGACCACGCUGUACAGCAGCGACGUGGGGGGGGGAGGAGGAGGAAGGAGAGACAGCUCCCACGGGCUGGGCUUCAGAGUCUUCCUCUGUCCUCUGCUGUGUAAGAAUGGAGGCGUCUGCCUGCAGAAGGACCGCUGUCUCUGCCCGCCCAACUUCAGCGGGAAGUUCUGCCAGAUCCCCGUCACCGCAGUGGCGCACCCUGCUUCGUCCUCCUCAGGCUCCACCAAUGAGAUUGUCAAUCCAGAGAUGCGUUCCGCCCCGACGACCAAUCAGGAGCUGACCCGGUCUGAGUUCCUCAUGCCGCUGAGUCAUAACAGGGAGACGGGGAUGUCUGGAGCUCCCGGCCCCUCCAUGGUGCAGGUCAGAGUUCAGCACCCCCCUGAGGCCAGCGUGAACGUCCACCAGGUCCUCAAGGUCUCUGGGUCCAGCCCCGCCCUCCGGACCCUCACCUCCUCCUCCUCGGGGUCGGCGGGCGCUCCGUCUCCAGCAGCCGGGGGGGUCCAGGCCCAGACGGUGAGGGGGGGCGGCACGUUCACCCAGAGCGGCAAAUUCAAGUACUGUUUCAGUCAGGUGACGGCCGGCCAGUGCAGCGCUCCCCUCCCUGGUCUCCGCAGCUUGGAGAUCUGCUGUAGAGGAGUUGGUAAAGCCUGGGGGACGACGGACUGUGUCCUCUGUCCUGAUACGACAGGUAAGAGAUGUCCCGUUGGCUUCAAGGGACCCAACGGAACACAGUGUGUCGAUGUGAAUGAGUGCCUCCAGCCGGGCCGCUGUGAGAACGGGAUCUGUGUGAACACCAGAGGGAGUUACAGCUGUGUGUGCAGGGUGGGCUUCAUCCUGGACGCCUCCAAUGGGGUCUGCAUCUCCCAGGCGGUGAUAUCGGAGGAGAAGGGCCAGUGCCACCGGGUGGUGGGUUGGGGUCUCGGCCCCUCCUCCUGCUCGCUGCCCAUCCUCAGGAACAUCACCAAGCAGAUCUGCUGCUGCAGCCGCGUGGGCAAAGCCUGGGGGCCCGAGUGCCUGAGGUGCCCCUACUUCGGUUCAGCCUGUCCCCUGCUCCCCAUUGGCUGCUCAGACGUGGACGAGUGUCUCUUGUCUCCGUGCGUCUCCGGUCGCUGUGACAACACGCCCGGCAGCUUCCACUGCGUCUGUCGCCAUGGUUACCGGCUGCACAACAACACCUGCACAGACGUGGAUGAGUGUGCGGAGCCGUCUCAGUGUCCCGGUCAGGUGUGUGUGAACGCUGUGGGGUCGUACCGCUGUACGUCAUGUCAGCCUGGAUACACACUCACCAACAGACAGUGUGCAGACGUGAACGAGUGUGAGGACUCCCAGACGUGUGCCGGGCAGCGGUGUGUGAACACGGACGGGUCCUACAGCUGCACCUGUGAGGACGGGUACCGCAGUGUGAGGGGAGUGUGUGCAGACGUUGACGAGUGUGCCAGCGUGGGGGUGUGCGAGGCAGAGCGUGUGUGUGUGAACACCGUCGGCUCGUUCACCUGUGACUGUCCGCCCGGGUAUCGAACCUCCGGCCUGGGGAGACAGUGCAGAGAUGUGGAUGAGUGUGUGCAGAGUUCUCAGUGUCCCGGUCAGCAGUGUGUGAACACAGUGGGAUCGUUCCGCUGUGUGUCCUGUCAGCCUGGAUACAGCAGCAGAGACGGCUCCUGUCAGGACGUUGACGAGUGUGCCAGCGUGGGGGUGUGCGAGGCAGAGCGUGUGUGUGUGAACACCGUCGGCUCGUUCACCUGUGACUGUCCGCCCGGGUAUCGAACCUCCGGCCUGGGGAGACAGUGCAGAGAUGUGGAUGAGUGUGUGCAGAGUUCUCAGUGUCCCGGUCAGCAGUGUGUGAACACAGUGGGAUCGUACCGCUGUGUGUCCUGUCAGCCUGGAUACAGCAGCAGAGACGGCUCCUGUCAGGACGUUGACGAGUGUGCCAGCGUGGGGGUGUGCGAGGCAGAGCGUGUGUGUGUGAACACCGUCGGCUCGUUCACCUGUGACUGUCCGCCCGGGUAUCGAACCUCCGGCCUGGGGAGACAGUGCAGAGAUGUGGAUGAGUGGCAGAGUUCUCAGUGUCCCGGUCAGCAGUGUGUGAACACAGUGGGAUCGUACCGCUGUGUGUCCUGUCAGCCUGGAUACAGCAGCAGAGACGGCUCCUGUCAGGACGUUGACGAGUGUGCCAGCGUGGGGGUGUGCGAGGCAGAGCGUGUGUGUGUGAACACCGUCGGCUCGUUCACCUGUGACUGUCCGCCCGGGUAUCGAACCUCCGGCCUGGGGAGACAGUGCAGAGAUGUGGAUGAGUGUGUGCAGAGUUCUCAGUGUCCCGGUCAGCAGUGUGUGAACACAGUGGGAUCGUACCGCUGUGUGUCCUGUCAGCCUGGAUACAGCAGCAGAGACGGCUCCUGUCAGGAUGUUGACGAGUGUGCCAGCGUGGGGGUGUGCGAGGCAGAGCGUGUGUGUGUGAACACCGUCGGCUCGUUCACCUGUGACUGUCCGCCCGGGUAUCGAACCUCCGGCCUGGGGAGACAGUGCAGAGACAUCAACGAGUGCUUGGAGACAGACUUCUGCUUCCCCAGAGGAGAGUGUGUGAACUCUCCCGGCUCCUACAGCUGUGUGUGUUCUGAGGGCUUCACGCUCAGCGCCAACCGGACCGCCUGCGUGGACGUUGACGAGUGCACCAAUCAGACGCUGUGUGGAGGCCACGCCUACUGCCAGAACCUCCGAGGGACGUACCUGUGUGUGUGUGACCAGGGCUUUAGCUCCGCCCCCGACGGGCGGUCCUGUGAGGACGAGGACGAGUGCGUGUCGCUGCCCGGCGUGUGUGGCUCCGCCCACUGCCACAACGUGGACGGCUCCUUCAUGUGUGAGUGCCACCGGCGGGGCCACGAGUUCGACGCCGGCAGCCGACGGUGCGUUAGCACGGAGCCACGAGUGGAGACGGACCCCGGCUCCUCCUCCUCCUCCUCCUCCUCCUCCUCCUCCAUGCCCCCCCUCCCCGCGCCGCGCCCCGGGGAGCAGAGGGAGUGCUACUACAACCUGAUGGAGGCGGGGACCUGCAGCCUGCUGGCCUCCAACUCCACCCAGCAGGAGUGCUGCUGCACCCUGGGGGAGGGGUGGGGGCUGGGCUGCCAGUUCCACCGCUGCCCCCCCGCCGGCUCCGCCCACUUCCUGUCCCUGUGUCCCAGUGGGAGAGGAUACCUGACCACUGGAACUGGAGCCUUCAGCUACGCAGAUGUGGACGAGUGUAAGCGCUUCCAUCCAGAGGUGUGUAGGGGCGGAGUCUGUGUCAACAACAUCCCGGGGUACCACUGCUACUGCUCCAGUGGAUACGUGUACAACAGCACGCUGCUGGAGUGUGUUGACCAUGACGAGUGUGAGGAGGAGAGCUGUGUGGGCGGAGUCUGUGUGAACACGGUGGGGUCGUAUUACUGCAGCUGUCCUCCUCCAAUGGUGCUCGACGACACGCAGCGCACCUGUGUCAACUCCUCCCACCUCACUAUGGACGAGAGCCGCUCCCUGUGCUGGCAGCACGUCACGGCGGACCUGGUGUGCCAGAGUCCUCUCCUGGGGGCGCAGGUGAGCUUCACGGACUGCUGCUGCCUGUACGGGGAGGGCUGGGGCAUGCAGUGCGCCCUGUGCCCCCCCACGGACUCAGACGACUACGCCGCGCUCUGCCGUUCUUUCCUUCCUGCUCUCUUUCCGGAGAGAUUCACUGAUCCUGGACCAGAACCCGGAGUGAGACCAGAACCAGGACGAGGAGGUGCCACUCCUCCAUACUUCCCUCCCUUCAGUCCCGACUCCUUCCCUCCUGCGGUGGCUCCUGACUAUACUACUCCCCAGCAGGGGGCAGCAGAGGGUUUGGAUCCUAUGAGCCGGACUUCCGAGCUCCGAUGCCUCCCUGGUUUCUACCCUGAAGGAGGCGUGCCCCUGUCUUUCCUCCUCCCUCCUGACCCGCGGGCUGAACGGGCGUUCGGGGCUCCUCCUCCUCCUCCCCGACGGGGUGCUCCUCCUCUCAGCCGGGCCCUGCUGCCCGGGGGGCCCUACCCGGUGGAGCAGGAGGAGGAGGAGGAGGAGGAGGUGGGGUGGAGGCCGGGCCCCCCCUUCCCCCCCUUUACUGAGAGGAGCCGAGGAGGAGCACCGAGAAGGGUCUAUGAGAGGCGGUUUGAGUCCUAUGCCGGCCUGAAUGCAGCAGAGGAUUGUGGGAUACUUCAGGGCUGUGAGAACGGCAGGUGUAUUCGUGUUGCCGAGGGUUACACCUGUGACUGUUACCAUGGAUACGAGCUGGACAUGACCUCCAUGACCUGUGCAGAUGUCAACGAGUGUGAGGACGUUGUCUCCGUGGACUUCCCCUGUGUGAACGCUCGCUGUGUGAACACUGACGGAUCGUUCAGCUGCGUCUGCAGGAGAGGAUACGAGAUGUCCCACCGGCCCAACCACUGCGUGGCGGCCUAGACUGGACUAGACGACUAGACUAGACUAGACUGGACUGGACUGGACUAGACUGGAC